AUGCCGAAGCAGCUCACCAAGUCUCCCCCGCCCUCUCCCGUCGCCGAGCGCAAAGUCAAGUCCCCAGAAUCAUGGCCAUAUAUACCCAGCACCAACCCCGCCAGCCAAUACACUCUUCUUGAGAAACUCGGCACGGGCAGCUUCGGCGUCGUCUACAAAGCCAUUCACAAUGAGACUAAGCAGAUUGUGGCCAUCAAGCAGAUCGACCUCGAGGACUCGGACGACGAUAUCUCCGAAAUCCAGCAAGAAAUCGCGAGCUUGGCCCAGUGCGAUUCCGAGUACGUCACCCGGUAUUAUGGCUCCUUCGUGGUCGCCUACAAGCUGUGGAUCGUCAUGGAGUACCUCGCUGGUGGUUCCUGUCUCGACCUCUUGAAGGCUGGCGUCUUCACCGAGGCCCACAUCGCUGUCAUCAUGCGUGAGCUCCUCCUCGGUCUCGACUACCUUCACAGCGAGGGCACGAUCCAUCGUGAUAUCAAGGCCGCGAACGUGCUACUAUCUGCAUCCGGGAAGGUCAAGCUUGCCGAUUUCGGAGUGGCAGCACAACUCACCAGUACCCUCCGCCACACCUUCGUCGGUACGCCGUUCUGGAUGGCGCCUGAGGUCAUUCGACAAGCAGGAUACGACGCGAAGGCCGAUAUCUGGAGCUUGGGUAUCACCGGCAUCGAGAUGGCGAAGGGAGAGCCCCCGUUGGCGGAGUACCACCCGAUGCGAGUCCUCUUCCUCAUCCCCAAGGCGAAGCCUCCUGUUCUCGAUGGUUCCUUCUCCCUGGCUUUUAAGGAUUUCAUCUCGCAGUGCCUAACCAAGGAUCCGCACUCUCGUCCGACCACUAAGGAGCUCCUACAGCACCGGUUCAUCCGGGGAGCACGCAAGACGUCUUACCUCACCGAGCUCAUCGAACGAUACCAAGAUUAUCGUACACGCUCUCCUGGCCGGGCCCCGCAAUAUUACCAGGCUACCAUUCGUAACAGCGGUGCUUGGGACGGUACGCUGCGCAGCGAUUGGGACUUCAAUACAAUCCGGACCAACUCCGCAAUGGGGUCGCUGCGAAGUAUGGCCAAGGACAUCAUGCCACCCGGUAUGGUACCUGAUGACGACUACGAGGAUGGGGGAGACGACCAGUCGAUGUUCGACCCGAGCACGAUCAACACGACUGCAGCCACGACGAAGGGUAGCGAUGUGCCUCUCUCCCCACAAGUGGGCAUGGGUGGGAUCGGGAUGAAUGCAGAAGCGGGCCACUCGACCGUUGUCAUUCGCUCGCUCUCCAAGGGUGCAAACGGGGACACAGACGCGACAUCGCUUAUGACGGACACCGGGUCGGAUGAGACUACAUAUGGGACGCCAGUGACGCCGUCACAAAGUACGGAGAGCGUUGAGACCAAGGUCGGUGAGGCGAGUGAACCGCCACCGGCGUACAGGGGCUCCAUGCGUGGAACACGGCGCUCAUCAUACACGGCUCGUCAGAACGUCACCACAGGCACCGUCCUCGGUGAGGCGGACAUCGGCACCGGGAUCGACACUAUCCGGCCUGUGAAGAAGGUCGACACAGUCAGGUCGCUGAGGUUAUCAGAGGAGUACGUGGGAAGUCUACGGGCAAGGGAGGGGAGCACCUCGUCGAAUCCGGCGUCGCCCUCUACUGGCAGUCAGAAGGGCUCUCACAAGCGUCUGGCGAGCGAGGUACAGAAGGCGGGCAAGUCGCUGGUGGACGAUGUCGUCUUGCCGUUGCUCUCAAAGGCAACAACAGACGACAUGGACGCAAGGGAAAUCGAGUCGCUGAGCAUGAUCUCUCGUGGGUUUGAAGAGCUUCGGGACGUGAAUCCGGAGCUCGCCUACAACAUUAUCAUCGAUCUUCUCGCGGGCAUCAAUGAGAACACGGCCGUCCGCAGUCAUAUCCAGACGGCGCGCACUCUCUUCCCACACAAACGGAUAAUACGCAAGAGCGAGAUGACUGCGAAGGGCCUCAUUGUCACCGAGGAGGAAGAGAUCUCGGGUCUUCCCUCAUCAUCGUCUCCCAUACCGACGCCUGUUGCGCCCGACACAGGGUCCCCGGUCCGCAAGUCGCCAAUUUCUGAAUUGCUAUACUUGCGUUGGCUCGAAGGCCUCAAGCUCAAGUGGCCAAGUAUCCUCUAA